CAUUCAUGGAGAAAACGUUGAACAAACACCCGGAGGAGACGUCGGAGCUUUACAGCGAGGAUUCAGGAUGGUCUAUACCGCAGCUCUGCCCUUUGGACACGGAGUCUCUGUGCUGUCGGAGGAGGAGAGCGUCGUGGAGAUGAUCGGCAGGUUCUUGUUCCAGCACAAACCCCGGGAGAUGAGCUCUGCCCGGCGGGGAAGCGUCGACAGCUACGAUGAGACUGAGAACUCACCCUGUCCUGACUGGGACUCCCAUCUGGAGGAGGAACAGCAGCUCCUCCACCAGGCACUGACCCAGCAGAUGGAGCGCUGUCUGACAGAAGCCAAGACCUCCAGCCUGCACUGCCAGCUGCUGCUGCUGCCCCGACACAUGAUCACCAGGAUCGGCCACCACAUCCUGCGCUCUGCCGCCCAGGAGCCCUGUGGGCUCCGGGGGGCCUCCAUCAAGCUCUACGUGGAUGGCAAAGAUGGCCUGAAGUCUGCAGGGAGCAUCCUCCCUGACCCCAGUGUCACUCCGACCUUUGAACUCUCGGUGGUCUUCAAAGUGGAUAAUGAGGGCUGGCUGCCUCUGAGGCACAUCUUCGACACCAGCAAGGCUCUGAAGCUGAGAGCUGAGUGCCGCCUGGUGAAGAGGAAGCUCUACUCCUCAGCCAGUCCUGUUGUCCACGAUUACAGCUGAAGAGACAUUUCAUUUAGUUUCAACCAACUUAACAGGAACAUGCAGCUGUUAUAACUCUUGUUUGCAUUUUAUUGUUUUACUUUAUGGAUGAAUGUAACUUUUGAGCAGGUUCUCAAAUUGUAUUACCGUUAGAAAUGAAAUGCUCUGUUUUUUUAUUUUAUUUCACAAAACACUGGUUAUGAUUUCAAUCCACAGAGCUGGUCUCAUUUCUGAAGUGUAAUGUAUUUUAUUUAUUAAAUUAUUUAUACUUCACCUUCAA